CGGAGCGGAGGGAGCACACCAGGAACACACACGCCAGCACCACCGCACCGAGCUGAGGCUCUGGCACCACCUGCGGGUGAGGCGGUGUCCCCGUGCCCGCUCCUCUCCCGGGCUGCCCGCGGGUGGAUGCCCUGGGCGAGCGCACGGCUGGCUCCUGGACAAAGCCAUUCCUUGCCCGCCGGGACUCCCGGCGCUUCCCGGCGCUUCCCGGCGCUCUGCGAUCCCUGGGAAGGCGAGCGCGUCCCCGCGCAUGCGCGGCGCAGCCCGGCAAGAUGGCGGAGCUGGAGGAGCCGAGGCGGCGGAUCCCGCUGGUGCCGGAGAACUUGCUGAAGAAGAGGAAGGCGUACCUGGCCAUCAAGGCCACCCAGGCCAAGCAGGCGCUGCUCAACAAGCGCAAGCAGCAGAAGGGGAAGCAGAUCCAGUUCAGGCGGCUGGAGACCUUUGUUCGGGAUUCGUGGCGCAAGCGCCGGGAUGACACCCGGCUGAGGCGCAUGGAGCAGAGGCCUGGGCAGGCAGCAGCACCUCAGGAGAGCAAACUGGCCUUUGCUGUGAGGAUUGUGGACAUUAAGGGAGUGACUAAGAGGGUGAGAAAAGUGAUAGAGUUGCUGCGGCUGAAGAAGAAUUACACUGGGAUAUUUGUGAAGCUGAGCCCGCUGAUGCUGAAGAUGCUGCGGAUUGUGGAGCCUUACGUGGCCUGGGGGCAGCCUAACCUGAAAUCUGUACGAGAGCUCAUCCUGAAAAGGGGCCAAGCCAAGAUCAAGAAGAAGAGGGUGCCUCUGACAGAUAACAUGCUGAUAGAGGAGCAUUUAGGCGGCUGUGGUAUCAUUUGCCUGGAAGACCUUAUUCAUGAAAUCUACACAACUGGGAGGUAUUUCAAAAGAGUAACCAGCUUUCUGUGGCCGUUCCACCUGUCGGUGGCGCGCCACGCGUCGCGGAACAGAGUGGGUUUCCUCAAGGAGAUGGGCAAGCCUGGCUACAGAGGUGAUGCCAUCAACCAGCUCAUCCGUCAGCUCAACUAGCCAGGGUCUUUAUGAAAAUUUCGGGAUUACAACUUGUUCCUUUUCACAUGUACCUUUCAUGGACAUUAUCUACAUGCAAUGAUCUGUAUGCAACUUCUCUUGACUGCUGAUGCCUCUAUAAAAGAAGAAAUACAGAGAUGAUGGAGGAGAUGGACUUUGGGCUGGCCCUUCUUAAAGAAGAUAAAUUCUGUUUGGUACAAGAAAGAGCUUCUUGGAGCAAUUUGACUUUUGCAUCUCUGUAAAAUAAGUAUCUUUUGUGCUCACUACUGCAGACUUCACUCUUUGAAGUGCACCUGCUUCUAGUGCAGUCACAACUGUGCUGACAGGCAAAAGAAAACACCAGGGUAUUCUGUUACUGCAGCACAAACCCCAGCAGUGACUAAUGUAACUUUUUAAGUACCUAGAUUGUAUUUAUUUUUUAAAAUUAUGGGUUUUUUUGCUCCUGAUUUAAAGAGGACUGCCUUUUCUUUUUUAACAUCUGCUAGGUUGGGACUGCUGGAGAGGAUUAUUUCCUGGAAAUAGGAAAGCCCAAAAAGGUUGUAAUACAGUUGUGUGGGGUGGGGUAUAUGUAAUCAAUGUUUUUUAAAUAAACUUCUGAAAUUUUAUUGUGAUAACAGAAA